UCCAUCUGCCUGGUUCAUCUCUUCCUCUAACUCUCCUCUCCAGCCGGCAGCAGACCCGCCGGUGGUAGCAGCGGCAGCUGCGCCUGUCCUCCCUAGCUCCAGCAACUUAUAGCUAGGAGCUUUUCACCGUGGAUUCAUACAGUGUCGUGCGUCGCUCUUUUCCAUUCUCUCUCGGUUGAAGAGAGCUCUACUACGUUGAUGGAUCGAGAAGGAAGGAUGAUCUGUCUAAAAGACAUAGUGCCUGCAGCUGAAAACAACAUUAACACACGGUUUAUAGUUUUGGACAAAGGCAGAAAAAUAUCGGAGGGGCAGAACAAGACCUGCUUGGCACUUGUGGCUGACGAGACUGCCUCAGUUCACUUCCAAUUCUGGGGUGAUGAGUGUGAUGCCUUCGAGCCUGGUGACAUAAUCCAUCUGGCUAGUGGCAUCUUUUCUUACAACAGGAACAACAAUCUUGUUUUGAGAGCUGGCAGGAGAGGAGCUAUAAAGAAGGUGGGAGAAUUCACCAUGGUUUUUGUGGAGACCCCGAAUAUGAGUGAGAUUUCUUGGGUUCCAGACCCCGACCGUCCCAACAAGUAUAUGCAGGAUUCUGUUAUUUCCUCACAUUCCCGUAUCUUUCCUCCAUUACCUUGAAAGAUUGUAUAUAUAUUAGAUGCAAUAUGAGUGAGAUUACUUGGAUUCCAGAACCUGAUUGUCUAUUUUAUAAAAGCUGAAGCUGAUUGCAAUA